AUGGGCGGACAUCCAGUCUUUCCCCUUCUUCAGGAGAGAGAGAGAGAGAGAGAGAGAGAGAGAGAGAGAGAGGCUCCCAUGGCUCCCCAUGAGAGAUGGCGACCUUCCGCGUUCUUCCCAUGGUCAGAUAAAGGUGCUCCAGAUGGUUCCAUCUGCUUCGCCGCACAUGGCGUGGACGCUUGCCAUCCUCUCCACUGGCCUGCAGAUGCCGCUGCAGCUCCAGUCGAACGACGCCACGCAGGGAUCCCCCGUCUGGGCCUUCUUCUCGCAAUCUGACAACGGUGGCAGGCCAUACGUCUCCAACGUCUCUGCACAGAGCGAAAGAGAGAGAGUGUGAGAGUGAGAGAGAGAGAGGGCAGAUUCUGACAUCUCCUCCUAGUUCUGCGGCGACUUCUCAGGGGGGAUCAUACCAGGGAGUGUUCGGCAGCAGAGGCUCAUGUCGUUGGUGUGGUCAACGUCGAGGCCGAUGA